CUCUCCAUUCUCAAGCCUCAGCCCUUUCCCAGGAUGGGGAGGACAGGACAGUUUCAGAUCAAAGAUUUGAAAGGUCAGCUCUCACUGUUAGCCAGAUGGAGAGAUGGUGCGUUCACACCAUUGAAAGGGGCAUUUUUAGUCUUCUUGGAAGUUCUGCACACGUCUGCUCCAAUAUUUCCUACUCUUAAGAAUUCAUUCCAAAUCAGAGCGAGUAUUCAAAGACUGAUCAUUGCAACGUUGUUCGUAACAGCAAAAAAAAAGAAAAAACCGUGGGGUGGACUCCAUGUCCGUCCAUUGGAUUGAUGUUGGAUUGAUGGACUGUUAUCAUUUUGUUUCUUCUCACGUCCAGGUCCUGUGCCGCUGUCAAAUGUGGUCACAAGCGGAUGAAAAUAUCAGGACAUGAAAAGAUGCGCUCGCUCUCUCUCUCACAUACACACACACCGUAGAUCUGUGCAUACGUGUUAACUCAUUUUUCCUUUAGGUUGCAAGAAAAAGAAAUCAAAGCAGUUUGCAAAAUUUUAAGUACGUGCUCUUUUCGGCGCGUGCAAAAUUAUUUUACAAAGCUUCCUUUUUUUACGAAAAGACGUUAUGGAAAAAUUCAGAAGGUUUGAGUUACUUCCUUACUGUACGCCUUAAUUGUAAAUGUUAUUGGGGAACUUCCUGCCACGAGGGCUGAAGAAAUUAACACGGUUCUACUUCCCACCAGUUCCUGGUAUGAUACUGUCGUUACCGUCAUCACCUUCUGACGGUUGUCACCACCGAUUCCCACAGUGAGCUUGUGUCAGUUCUCUCCGUAGUGGUCCUUGUCCGCCACCCGUCUCUGGUUUCUGUAGUCCUGGCUUCACUGACUUGCCUGUUGGCUGGCUCAGCGUCAUUCCACGAUUUGCUUUUCCCAAAGAAGACUUGCGGAUGCUGUCUCCGCUGACCGUUUCUGUGCUGAACAAUGUCUGUGCCUUUAGGCGAACGGAAUUUGCGGAUGGCACAUUGCCGAAGCUGAAGAGUCUUCAUUCAUACUUUCGGAACUGGCAUUAAGUCUCAUGCUGGUCUUUCUCUCCCUUCUCCAUUCACCUUCUGGAGCCAUUGACCUUCAAGGACGUGGCUGUGGUCUUCACCGAGGAGGAGCUGAGGCUUCUAGACCCCACCCAGAGGAAGCUGUACCGAGAUGUGAUGCUGGAGAACUUCCAGAACCUGCUGUCUCUGGGAGACAAGAAUGAAAAGGAUCUGGAGUAUAUUCAAGAAAGGGAACUUAAGUGCCUUUCCUACAGAGAGCUGUCCUACUGGAAAAUCGGGGAACAGGCGGCUGGUGAAUUAACUGGGAGUCAAGACUGUAAAGUGAAUCUUCAAGGGAAGGAUUUCCAGUUCUCGGAGGACGCUUCUCCCUGCCAGGGGUGGGAAGGAGCAUCUCCUCGGGGUUCGCAAAUUGGCAAUUUGGCCGGCGGUCUUCAAGGACCCAUCAGUUCGGAAAAUCAAGCGUUUCCACCCUGGAAAGCUGUAAGACCGGUAUCCGUUCAAGAAUCUUGGAUGAAAGCCUUUGUGAACGAGUCGUGGAAUGUUCUGGAAAGGUGUAAAAAACUUGACACGCAGGGUACAACGGAUAAACCUGAGUGGGACGGUUUCAGCUUCCGCUGGGUGUCACGUUGUCACGAUGACCACAGGUUACCCGAAAGAGAGAGACCGUGUGAUCACGAGCGCUGUGGAAGAGACCGCCUGAAAAAGUCAACCCUCUGUCACCCUGCCCCGGAAGAGGAUGACCUGAGAAGCAGCGAACGCGGAGAUGGCCUCAGGGGCGCCUCGCACCUUCCCGCCCAGCCCAGAGCGCCCUGGAAAGAGAAAGCCCGUAGAUAUCCCGAGGGUGGUACGGGCUUGAGGCAGACCGCCCACCUGGAGGGGCCCCAGAGGGCCCCCACGGACGAGAAACCCUCCAAGGGUAACGGGCGCGCCCGGGGCCUCCGGCAGAACGCGCGUGGUCCCAGCCGGCCCCGGGCCCCCGCCGGGGAGAUGCCCUACCGAUGCGACGUGUGCGGGAAGGGCUUCCGGUAUCAGUCGAUUCUGCUCAUCCACCAGGGCGUGCACACGGGAAAGAAGCCCUACGCGUGUGAGGAGUGUGGGAAGGCCUUCGGUCGAAGCUCCAACCUGCUCGUCCACCAGCGGGUCCACACCGGGGAGAAGCCCUACAAGUGCGGCGAGUGCGGGAAGGGCUUCAGCUACAGCUCGGUGCUGCAGGUGCACCGGCGGCUGCACACGGGCGAGAAGCCCUACGCGUGCGGCGAGUGUGGCAAGGGCUUCUACGCCAAGUCCGCGCUCCACAAGCACCGGCACGUGCACCCGGGGGAGAAGCCCUUGGGCUGCGGCGCCGCCGAGUGCGGGAAGGGCCUCUCGUGCGGCUCCCACCCGAGCAGCCGCCAGAAGGCGCACGUGGGGCAGAAGCCCUACCGGUGCGACCAGUGCGACAAGGGUUUCAGCUACAACUCGUACCUCCGGGCCCACCAGCGGGUUCACACGGGGCAGCGCCUCUUCGACUGCGACGUGUGCGGGAAGAGCUUCAGCUACAGCUCGGGGCUGCUCCGGCACCAGAGGCUGCACACGGGGGAGAAGCCCUACAAGUGCGAGUGCGGGAAGGGCUUCGGCCGAAGCUCGGACCUCCACGUCCACCAGAGGGUCCACACCGGGGAGAAGCCCUACAGGUGCGGCGAGUGCGGGAAGGGCUUCCGGCGCAAUUCGGACCUCCACAGUCACCAGAGGGUCCACACGGGGGAGAGGCCGUUCGUGUGCGACGCGUGUGGGAAGGGCUUCAUUUACAGCUCCGACCUCCUCAUCCACCAGAGGACCCACACCGGCGAGAAGCCCUACAAGUGUGCCGAGUGCGGCAAAGGCUUCAGUUACAGCUCGGGGCUCCUCAUCCACCAGAGGGUCCACACCGGCGAGAAGCCCUACAAGUGCGAAGCGUGCGGGAAGGGUUUCCGGUGCACGUCGAGCCUCUACAAACAUCAGCGGAUCCACACGGGGAAGAAGCCGUACACGUGUGAGGAGUGUGGCAAGGGCUUCAGUUACGGCUCAAAUCUUCGCACCCACCAGAGACUGCACACGGGGGAGAAACCCUACACGUGUUACGAAUGUGGCAAGGGCUUCAGGUACGGCUCUGGUCUCCUCAGUCACAAGAGGGUGCACACGGGAGAGAAGCCCUACAGAUGCGACGUGUGUGGGAAGGGCUACAGUCAGAGCUCACAUCUUCAAGGCCACCAGAGGGUCCACACUGGCGAGAAGCCCUACAGGUGCGAGGAGUGCGGGAAGGGCUUUGGGCGAAGCUCCUGUCUUCACGUCCACCAGAGGGUCCACACCGGCGAGAAGCCCUACAAGUGCGGGGAGUGCGGGAAGGGCUUCAGUUACAGCUCAGGGCUGCGGAAUCAUCAGCGAGCGCACGCUGGCGAGAAACCGGAGAAGCAGACACGCGCCGAGGCAGAACUCAGAACUUGACGCCCGUCUGAGCGCCGACGCAGGAGGAAGGCUUUGCCAACGGGAUGCGCAGGGAGGGCUCCGGUGGAGGGUGACCCGUCACAGCAGUUGGCCUGCCCAGGAAGGGACGAUCCGGAAGGUUGAUAGAUGAGAAAAGCACUUGCGUCGCAAACUUUGCUCUCCAAGGGUCUGUCCCCCAGAGGGCCGUCCUUGAAGUACGGCGGGGCCUCGGUAAAAAUCGCCGCUCUCAUCAGAGUCGGCCCAGGAGGGAGCUUCUUACGAAUGACAUAGGAGUGUGUCCGAGGAGCAGACUGUGAACGUGGAUUCCUUGCUGGGGGGGGGUGGGGGGGGGAGAGGUGGGGAAUACCUACACAUGGGACAAAUGUAGGAAAAAGUCGUCACCUUACUAAAACCAACAUCGUGCGUACCUUUUAGAAGAUGGUUUCUACAAAAAUGGAGAGAUGAUGCGCACAUUGGUUAGGGCAAGUCACUUUCAGAAGGCUGGGAACAGUUGGAGAGUCCGCCUCUUGGCAGGUGUAUCUCCACGUGAUGUAUCGCCAUCAUGUUUUUAUCAUGCUGCGGUGAAUGUGUUUUAUCUCCUAGAGAUACACCGCUCUUCUAGACAGGCUGUGCUGUAUGGCAGGACCAUCGCAUUUUAUCAAGUUUUAAAAACACAGUCCGACUGGCACUGCAUUGAAUUUAUUGGUUAAUUUAUUGCUAUCAUGAAUAUUUCUGCCCCGUU